GGCCCUGGCCCGGCGGCGGCGGCGGCGGCGGCGGCGGCGGCGGCCAUGGCCGGUGGGCCGGGCCCGGGGGACCCCGCGGCCCCCGGCGCCCAGCACUUCUUGUACGAGGUGCCGCCCUGGGUCAUGUGCCGCUUCUACAAAGUGAUGGACGCCCUGGAGCCCUCCGACUGGUGCCAGUUCGCCGCCCUGAUCGUGCGCGACCAGACCGAGCUGCGGCUGUGCGAGCGUUCCGGGCAGCGCACGGCCAGUGUCCUGUGGCCCUGGAUCAACCGCAACGCCCGCGUGGCCGACCUUGUGCGCAUCCUCACGCACCUGCAGCUGCUCCGCGCGCGGGACAUCAUCACAGCCUGGCACCCUCCAGCCCCCCUUCUGCCUGCCGGCACCAGCACCCCGAGGCCCAGCAGUCCCCCUGCACCCUCCGAGGCCCAGGCCCCCCGCCCCCGGAAGUUGCAGACGUCAGCCUCCACACUCCCCUCGCCAGUUCUUCCAGGCUCCCAAACCCACUCUGGGGCUGAGCUGGGUCCUGUCCCAAGCCCUGCUGCCCUCCAGCCACCACCAGCGUAUCCAGACCCUUCCUCUAUCAAGCCUGCAGAGAGCCCAGUGCCCCUCCUGCAGGGGCCCCCCCACUCCCCGUUCUGCUGGCCCCUCCCGGAGAUCUCCCAAGGCACCCACAACUUCUCGGAGGAGCUGAAGAUCGGAGAGGGCGGCUUCGGGUGUGUGUACCGGGCUGUGAUGAGGAACACGCCGUAUGCUGUGAAGAGGCUGAAGGAGGGGGCAGACCUGGAGUGGACCACCGUGAGACAGAGCUUCCUGACCGAAGUGGAGCAGCUGUCUCGGUUCCGUCACCCAAACAUUGUGGACUUUGCUGGCUACUGUGCUGAGAGUGGCUUCUACUGCCUCGUCUAUGGCUUCCUGCCCAAUGGCUCCCUAGAAGACCGCCUCCACUUCCAGGCCUGCCCGCCCCUCUCCUGGCCUCAGCGACUGGACAUCCUCCUGGGCACAGCGCGGGCCGUUCAGUUUCUACAUCAGGACAGCCCCAGCCUCAUUCACGGAGACAUCAAGAGUUCCAACGUCCUUCUGGAUGACAGACUGAUGCCCAAACUGGGAGACUUUGGCCUGGCUCGGCUCAGCCGCUUCGCGGGGGCCAGCCCCGGCCAGAGCAGCACCGUGGCCCGGACACGGACCGUGCGCGGCACCCUGGCCUACCUGCCCGAGGAGUAUGUCAAGACGGGGAGGCUGGCGGUGGACACCGACACGUUUAGCUUCGGCGUGGUAGUGCUGGAGACCCUGGCCGGCCAGAGGGCCGUGAGGACGCAUGGUGCCAGGACCAAGUAUCUGAAAGACCUGGUGGAAGAAGAGGCCGAGGAGGCCGGGGUGGCCCUGAAAAGCACCCAGACCACACUCCAGGCGGGUCUGGCCGCGGACGCCUGGGCUGCCCCAAUUGCUGCCCAGAUCUGUAAGAAGCACCUGGACCCCCGGCCCGGGCCGUGCCCCCUCGAGCUAGGCCUGGCGCUGGGCCAGCUGGCUUGCUGCUGUCUGCACCGCCGGGCCAAGAGGAGACCCCCCAUGACCCAGGUGUACGAGAGUCUGGAGAAGCUGCAGGCAGCCGUGGCAGGGCCGGCGCGGGCGCCCGAGGCUGCGGGCCACAGCCCCCCUUCCCCGCAGGAGAACUCCUAUACCUUCAUGACCGGCAGCACCCCAAGCGCUGCCGGCCCCCUGCGGCCCCUGGCGGUUCCCCCGGGAGCCCCAGCCCAGCCUCUGGACUGGCUCCAGAAAGGCCCCAACCAGCCCGUGGAGAGUGACGAGAGCGUGUCCGGUCUGUCCGUGGCCCUGCAAUCCUGGCACCUGAGCCCAAGCUGCCCCCCAGGCCUGGCUUUGCCGGGCGGCCCUGGGCAAGGGGCCGCCGGGUGGGGCCCGAGCCCCUCCGGAACGGCCAGCGGGCCUCAAGGGGGUGCCGCCCAAGCACCGAGCUGGGGGAGCGGCGCAGGGCCCCAGCUGGCAGCCAUGGAAGCAGGCGCCAGGCUGCGACCGCCGGGUGGGCGAGAAGAGGCCACGAGCUCACUUCCUGAAAGCCGCGAACAAGGAUCGCUCGUGGACAGCUCUCUGUCAUCGCAGCCACCGCAGAUCAUCAUCAACCCAGCCCGGCAGAAGAUGGUACAGAAGCUGGCCUUGUACGAGGACGGGGUCCUGGACAGCCUGCAGCUGCUGUCAUCCAGCUCCCUCCCAGGCUUCGGCGUGGAGCGCCCACACACGCAGGGGCCGGAAGAGAGUGAUGAGUUUCAGAGCUGAUCUGUUCACCUGGCACAUUCCCCAAACCUGGAAGUCAAAGUUCUCAUAGUUAGAAGUUCUCAUGGCUCUCGAAUCCUCAGCAGCCCGUGGGCGGUGGGCGGUGGGGGUGUCCUCCUCGCAGGGGACGGCAGGCGGUGGCCCCAGCUGCUCUAGAGGUGUGGGCACAGGCUGGGCUCGGAGCCUCCCGGGCCGGCUGCUGGAAGCCGUCAGCGGGGCAGGGCACCACCAAGGCCCGCCUUGAUUCCGGCAUCUGGGGGUCAGGGCAGCUGCUCUCACCGGAGCGGUGCAGGGGUGUGGGAGGAAGGCGCGUCCGAAGGCUGCCGGCCUCGCAGGCCGGGGAAGAGACGCGAGUGGGGUUGCCGGUCCGAUCGGACGGAGCGGGAGCUGGCUCCCCCCAGAACGGGCCGGGGUGGCCCUCAGCCCUUCCCUGCAGACUCUGCGAAGCCCUGCGGGGGACGGGGCCACUCUGUGGGACAGAGCAAAUGAGGCCGGCCGCCCCCCCCGCCCCCCAGCACUUGUGAUUUGGAAAAGUGAGGCGUGGCCGCCCCGAGGUUCAGUUCGCCAGCUAGAAUGAGAGUUCAGAGACACCCCAGAGAGCCCGGCAGCGCUCCUCCCCCAUUGGGCUGGGGGUCUGUAGGCUUCACCAGGGACCCGGGACCCAGCCUAACACGACCACCUGAUGGCCCAGGGCACUCCCAGGUGCGCCCCCCGACGGGCUCCAGAGGCCACGGGCUCGGCCUCAGGCCCGGGCACCGAUGGUGACAGAGGGGCCGCUAACCCAAGACUGGGCUCAGCCCAAGCCCUGUGUGACCCAGACGGUGAGGAGCCCCAGGAAGAGGGGGGCGUUGGAAGCAAGGCGGGGAGGCAGGAAGAAGAAAAUGGGGACGUACGCUUUUAAAGGCAAGACAGGUUUCAUGUAAUCGCAUGUCUUUGAAGGUAGCACAGGCUUACCGUGAUCUUGUGUCCACAGUCAUGAGCCACACUACAUGCCCCACAAAGCUAGGCACUGGUGAAGUCCAAGUUGUCCUGGAGGAAUAAAAGCUCAAGUUUUGA